AUGUGGGACUUGAAUAACUCACUCCAGAUCAGCUCCAGAUCACAGACCCAGGACCUUCGUUCUCCUGAUUUGCCACCAAAUUCUAUGCCAGUGAGAGGUUUCACAUAUGCACGACUGUUUUCACGUCGGCCCGAUUGCAUUGCUUCCCUUGAUUUAUCCUCGAGCGGCGGCCUGCGACCAGUCCCGUUCCCGGCUCCUCGAGGCUCAGCUGCAACGAGCCUGGGUCACUGUCCCACCAAAUCGUGUCAAUAUAAUUCACUACACGCUGGAUUCCAAGCUACAACGAAUUUAAAGGCUGGUACUGCUACAGUUGGGGGUUUGCGGUCCAAGAGACUCCUACCGGUACUCGAGAAGUUGCACAAGAGCGUGCAAGUUAUGUCGCAAGCGCAAAGUGAAAUGUUCUGGAGGCCUGCCGUGUUGCGCAAAUUGCCAGGCAAGUGGUUCACAUUGCGCAACACAUUUGAACCCAACUCAUAUCUCAGAUCCAUGGACUUGAACGCUUCCCUCGCUACUCUUCUCGAGAAUUUAAGUACGCGCUUGAGCGAGGAUGAUCAAGAAAUCGUCCGCGCCACGCUGCAGCAUGCCCAAGAUGAUUUGAUUUCUCACACUUCAGCCAUGUCUGUGAGAUCACAGGGCAAAAGAGUUCGUGAAGCAUCACCUGGCGACGACGAACCAGACGGCGAUCGUUGUGGAGAGGCAUUUGUCACUGCGUCAGUAGGUUCUAACGAUCAUGUUGAUAUGCUCAACGAGGAUUUGAUGCGUAAUCGAGAAGCCAGAGAGACCGGCUAUAUUGGCCAAAAUUCCGAGAUCCAAUGGCUACGGAGUGUCCAGCGUCAAUCCGAAGCGGGUAACUCAGACCCAUAUGGGCAGCGUUAUGGGCCUCCCGGCUCGAGUCGGGAGGCUGCUGAUGCACGCGCUGAAGCCCUACAUGAUCGAAGAAAACAUACGAAUCCCGGAUCUAUGGGGUAUGUCACCGACACCACUUUCUACCUCGAUAGUGACAACAUUGAAGUAGACAUCGCAGUCGAUCCUUACGAGAUGCCUAACCUGAACGUAGCGGAACGACUCUUUGACUGUUAUGUGAACACAGUACAUGACACCUUCCCACUAAUACCUCUCGACUUCGAAGAUCAGUUCCGUCAGUACAUAAGAUCGAUCGAGAAAGCGCAAGCCUUUCGAGUACCCGAUCCGUGGCGCGCAACAAUGUGA